AUGUCGUCGUCACAAUUAAGAUGGGGCAUUGUUGGGUGUGGAAUCAUUAGUGGCGUGUUUGCCAGAGAUCUCGUAUACUUAAAUAAGAACCCAAGAGGUGCCAACAAGAUAAAGCAUGUAAUCACCAGAGUUGCUUCACGGAGUCCAGCCAAGGGUCAAGAGUUUAUUGAAAAAAAUAUUGAUGAGUAUUAUGAUGAUGUUUAUGGUACGAAAGUUGUUUCCUAUGAAGAUAUCCAAAUAGACCCUGAAGUCGAUAUCCUUUAUAUAGGCCUACCCCAUACAUUACACCAUUCCUUUGUAAUAGAAGCUAUUACUAGGGGGAAGAAACAUAUAUUAUGUGAAAAACCAGUAACAGUUAACAGUAAGCAAUUGGAGUUGAUUCUUGAUGCUGCAAGGGAAAACAAUGUUUUCUUUAUGGAAGCAGUAUGGGUUAGAUACUUUCCCUUGAUCAGGGAAGUACAGAAGAUCUUGUAUGAAGAUAAGAAAGUUGGUGAUGUCAAGAGAAUCUUUAGUGAUCUUUCUGUUGAUAUGAAACGUUUACAUGGCGAUGAUUGGGUUCCUUCAAAUCGUGUAGCUGAUAAGAAAUUGGGUGGAGGUGCUUUACUUGAUAUUACUAUUUAUCCCAUUACUUAUAGUCGGAUAUUUAUGGAUCCUCAAAGUGAUCCUAAAUCCAAUUGGAAGAUUGUUUCUUCUAUGGUGUUUGAAAGUCUUAAUGGGAAACAAGAGGAUGAGGUUGAUUUUUGUACUUCAUUCAUUAUAAGUGAUCAAACACAUAAACAACAAGCCACAGGAAUUAGUUCUUUUUCAUCUGAUGUAUCUGAUGGUCUUAUUGCUAAAAUUGAUGGAGAAUUGGGUUCUAUUUCCAUUUACAGUGGAGGCAUUGGACCUGCACCAAUUAAGUAUCAUAUCAAGUUAAAAAAUGGACAAGAAAUCGAAAAAUCCUUUGAAGAUGAUUUAGAUGGAACUCUGGGAUACAUUUACGAAGCUAUCGAAUGUGGAGAAAUGAUUGUAGCCGGAGAGAAACAAUCAUCAAUUAUGUCCUGGAAUGAAAGUCAAUUGAUAAUGUCAAUUUUAGAUGAUAUUAGGAAACAAAACUCAUUAAGUUAUGAAGUUGAUUUAUAA